AUGAUUCAAUUAAAGACCGUCCUGAAUUGCAUCGACAACUCCGGUGCCGCCCUGGUUGAGUGCGCUCUGGUUAUUGGACAGAAGCGGGCUGCCCAAAUCGCUUCUCCCUCUUCCCUCGAUCGAAUUAUCUUCAAGCCGACCGACCACAAAUUCUGCCUCUUCUGGAGGAUUGCGCUCGGACACCCUGCUAAUCAGAUUCCGCGCCUAGGUGACCGCAUCGUGGUAGUUGUCAAGGAACAUCGGGGGGCCUCCGCCUCAGGUAUGGCUGGUGUGUCCGCCGCAAACAAAGUCAAGCGAGGAGAUAUCCGACACGCCGUCGUUGUCCGCACUAGAUACCCCGUCCAACGCCGCGAUGGCUCCUGCGUCAAGUUCGACGACAAUGCCUGCGUCCUCCUUAACAAGGCUGGAGAUCCCGUUGGCUCUCGAAUUAACGGCGUCGUAGGUGCCGAGCUCAAGAGGAAGAAGUGGAGCAAGAUUCUUUCGAUGGCUCCUUCUCAGGCAUAA